AUGAUCAAAUGUUUGAUGCGCGAUCGAUUACGUGGUGAAAAAAAUCGUAUCGACAUAAAUCCAGAGAAAACUGGCAAUUUAGUCUUUUCGCAUUUUUCACCUGCACAGAUCUCCGUCAUUCCCGGAUUCCUGCGUCCACAAUUAUUCAGAAAAAUUACUCCGUCCAUUAAACGUGGACGUGGUCUUUCUACUGGCAGAUUUUUAUUCAAUUUGCUAGUCAGAAUUCGCUUCGUUUACUUCCUCUCGUUUAAUUGACUUCCCCUUAGCACGUCAUAUCGUAUAAUAUAUCCACCCAUUUCAACCGUUUUUGAUUUUAGAAAAUCGUGUACGCUGUCCAUCGAACAUUCUGCAAUAGUUUCCGGGAUAUCGGCGUCAAAUACUAUAUUAUGCUAUAUUUAGGUGGUCUAAAAUAUUAUAUUUUCCCGAGGUAUUUUCUCUUCGAAAAUCAUCAAUCCGUAUUAUAUUUUAAAUUAAUUUUUUCCGUGCGACAACAAUAAAACUGCGAAAGAAAUGUUUUUUUCCUCUCUAAUAAAUAUUAAAAUCAAUUAUAUUAUGAAGUCGGGUUUAAAUGUGCACACCUAUAUAAUAUUAUGAUUUCUUCGUACGAACUGUGCAUAAUUACGUUUACGACUGCAUUGUUCCGAUACUAUAUAAAAUAUAAUGUGCACUACGUACGCGUGUAAAAUUACCGUCCCAGGUGCGUUUUAUUGUCGAUCGUUUUUAUACGUAUUAUUUUUACUCGGCGUUUUACUUUAGAAUAAUUCUCGACUCGGUUAUAGUGUUCGCGUUCAUCACAUCGAUAAUAGAUCAUUUCGACAGCGGCACGGUGCGGAGUGUGUAUAACAAUUGGAAGGGUUUAGUCCAAUGAUCAGACAAUUUCACUUUUUGGUUUUUUGGCAAAAUUCACGUAUCAGUUAUUGUUGUUUCUGAUAAAAACAAUAAUUGUUCUUCUAUUUUCUGUGCAACCAAUAGACGGAUUAUAUAUCCGUAUGAAAGUUAUAACUUGAGGGGGGUUAGGUUUAAAAUGGUAAAAAAAUUAUUCUAGAUAAUUCUGGUCAAAAAACAAGAAUUCUCCGUCCUAUUUUUAACAAAAUAAUAAUUGAGUGUUUUUUUCACCCACUAAUUCAUUUACCUAAAAAUAAUUUUAAAACGUUAAAAUAAUUCAAACAUACAUCGACAUUUUUAACUUGACUGCGGUGCACAACACUUACUGAUCGAUAUAGUGGCCAUUGACGGAAAUUGUGAGACGGGCUUAGGGGUGAAAACCUGCUAAAAACGUAUAAACAAGAAAUUAGCCCCCUCAAAUUAGUAAUUAGUAACUUGAAGAGGACUAACCUCUCUGUUUAUACGUUUUGAAUGGGCUUAGAGCAAGUCCUCAAGCCCCGCUCUACAAUUUUUGGCAAUGAUAGUAACUAUAUCACCGCUGCUAUCGUCUAUCGAUCGAAUCGGCUGUUCUAAAUAAUGAUAAUAUCCGUUCCGCAUAGGUUGCCCAUCGGCAUAAUAUCACAAUCGAAUAUCAGCGUUUAUUCGACAUUAGAAUAUUAAAAAAAAAAAAAAAACACUCUUAAAACUGCAAUGGGAAAAUAUAGGUCGCAUAAUAUUAUAAUAUUAUACCGAACACAAAAUAUCGAGUAUAGGUCGUUGAAUAUUAUAUGUUUUUUAACUCGACAACAAAUAUUCAGUAUCUAGGGCGCACAUGUUAUCAUUAUAUUAUAGGUAAACAGGAAUGAUAAUUGAACUUUGCCGGUUCUGCAGUUUACGGGCGACUGUUCGUGCGCGUAAUAUAUUACACGGACCUUAAUAAGCGAAAGGAUUAAUACGAUUUUCGGUUAGGUUAGGGUGGAAGGAGAAAAAUCAAAUCGAAAACUCGCCGUAUUAUAGAUAUGGGUAUAGGCGUAUUAUUAGGUGCCUACAUAAAUUGUCUCGCAUAUUGAGUUAUAUAUUAUUAUAACGUAACGUUGGUUAUAAAAUUUCAUCGCGAGUGCAUUAUUUCUCUACCUCGGGAGACUGUACGUUCGUUCGUCCGCAUCGUUAAAAAAAAAAAAAAAAUAAUUAAAAAUAAUAAAAAACAAACAAAUAUUUAAACACUGUCCGACCGUAUAAUUAUCGUAUUGCACCGCACGGUAUAAUGCGCAUUGUACUAUUUCAAUAACGCUCACGACCUCCCGUCGGGGAGGGGGCAGUACGAUAUAUUAUAAUAACAAUACUCACACAAUGAUAUCAUCAUCGUCUGUGUACUAUAUAAUACGGUGUUGAUUGUAUUAUCGAUUAUAACAUGUACGUAUCCAUAACGAAUUAAUAAUAUAUAUAUAUAUAUAUAGAAAACAACCAAUCGGUUAGGUUAGGUUAGGUACGAAACGAUAAAUCUGAAAAAUAUACAAGUGCCAACGGGUAGGCGGCGACUGGUGCGUAGAGCUUUAUUUGGAUUUUAUCGAUCUCUAGGUCCGUCCCAUUCCCGUCCGUUCGUUACACUAUACCUGUAGAUAGUCAAUUGUGAUCAUUUCACACAGUUAAUGCCGACGCGCCAUUAGCCGAAAGUGCAAACAAUUUUAUCAUUCUGUAUCCGUUAUCCGCAUCAUAUCAUAUUAUACAUAAAUGUGCCAGGCGAUUCACUUAAAUGGGUACACUCAUUAUCUCCGAAGGUAUUCGUUUUUUCGGAAUUUUUUUUCCACAACGUUCAAGAAACAAGCAGCUCUACAAUUUUAUAUGUAUAUUAUUGUUUGUCACCCUUAUUUUUGGGGAUAAAACCACUACCUACUUAUGAUUUUUAAACGGCAAUUUAAAAGUCUAUAAAUAGAUGGAAUAUUAGUUAAAAUAAAUUUUAAUUUUUGAAAACGUUUUUGAUUUCCGUCAAUCCGUUGACGAGAUAUUCCGUUUUUAAGUUUGGGUUGGAGGAGCGUAGUGGAGUAUCAUUUAUGUGGCGGUACGGCACGCGGCGUGUUAUCGAUUCACCACUUCUCUCCUCCAAUUUAAAAUUGAAAGUAGAACGUCUCGUAAACGACUAUACAGAAAUCAAAAAUUUUCAACACCAAAAUUUAUUUUAAACAAUACUCUUUCUAUUUAUGGACUUUUCAAUAUAGGUUACCAUUUGAAAAUCAAAAGUAGGCAGCGGUUUUACCCCCGAAAAUAAAGGUGACAAAAAUGUACAUAAACAUAAAAUUGUAGAGCAGCUUAUUUCUUGAAUGUUCUAGAAAACAAAUUCCGAAAAAAAAUUAACACUUUCCGAGAUAAUGAUUGUAUCCACUUAAAUCAAUCACCCGGUACAGCUGAUUUGUUCUAUUGUCGGAACCAGCGGCGUACCCGAGAUUUUUCAACAGAGCGGCGAAAACAAACACUAAACAAAUUGUAUUAUUCGCUUGUUGUUUAUAUAUCUAAUAUUCCAUCAACCAAUGCACAAUUAUCUUGUUUUGUUCGUACGGUAGUGCUAUAUAUAUACACACACACACACGCUUGUGAUUCGUUUUUUGUUCUAAAACCUCUAAAACCAAGUCAGAGCUAUUGAUCUCGUAGCACCCCACGGUUCUAUACGGUUUAAAACAAAAACCGUCCGUCCCCCGCGCAACAUCCAAGACCUAGUCGAAACGACGACGCCACUGACGCACGCGCCCCCGUACAUAUAUAGACACGCUAUACGAUAAAACGAUAAUAACACGUAUGUAUAUAUAGGUACAUUCAAUCACGCGUAUAUCGUAUACGAUAAAAAAUUAUAUUAUACUUAUCGGAAUAUCCGGGUAACGUGUGAUAAUAUUAUAAGUAUUUCGUAUACGUGCGUUAAAAAAAAAAAAAAAAAACUCCGGUUUAUUAUUAUUGUUAUUAUUAUUAUUAUUAUUAUUAUUAUUAUUAUAGACGACCGGUGCCGCGUUGAAAAGUAAUUAUUACGCCGCCGCCGCGGCUAAUGCGAACGACGAAAAAACAUUUAAAAAAAAAAACCGAUAUUAUAAGAGUAUAACGUAUGUACGCAUUAUAUUAUUAUUAUAUAGAGUAGUAUAAGAAGCGAAAAAUACGCCGCGUGCACGCCGUAUUAAUAUUAUAUUAUUAUAUACACGAGCCAUACCCAAUUUAAAUCGAGGUUUAUUAUUAUUAUUUUUUAUUAUUAUUAUUAUUAUUAUUAAGUGAAAAUCCGUUGUUUUAAUUACGAGAAAAUUUUCGAAACGCCUUCCCGGGGCCUGCGUCCAGCCGACCGGAUCGUAUAUCACACCCGCCGCGCCGCCGCCGCCGCCGCCGUCUCUUUGUCGCCGCCGCGGCCGUUUAUCGUUCGAGCGCUCGCGCGCGCCGCGCGCGCUCGUUCGUUCGCUCGCCGGGGAGGUGUCCGUCCGUUUGUCGGACCGAAAAAAAUGUUCACUCCGUGAGAGCACGCGGGUCACGGCGGAGAACGGUGUACGGUGUACACCGCGCGCACACGUAGUAAUUAACCCGUCCGACCUCAAGAGUAAGAAGAAAAAAACACGUAUAUAAUAUUAUUAUUAUUAUUAUUAUAACGACUAUAACGAGUAUUACGUACAGGUAUAUAAUACACGUACUGCAGGUACUAUAGGUCGUAUUCGGUUUUCGACAAAACGGAGGUUUUUUUUUUAAUAUCGGUACACCCAUUUUAACGAGGUGUGCAACGCGCGCGCCUGUUUUAAUAAUACACGUAAUACAGAAUAUAUUGUUAUUAUGCAUAUUAUUGUAUUAUCAUUAUAUUGCGUGUACAGACUACGGGGUGUUUUAUGAAACGGACGAGGAAACUAUAAUACGAGUGUAACUGCUGUACACCCGCGGUUCACCCGGCUUUGGGCGCUUAGCUCCCUGAAAAAAUGUCAAUAGUUCCCCGCCUUCUGUUUCGAAUAAUAACGCCGAAGUAUUUAUGCGCGUGUAAUGUAUUUUGGACAUAACAUUUUUGACCGUACCUGUAAUUGUUAUGGAUAUUUACUUUUAUAGUUGAAAUAGCGCAUUUGUAAAGUGUAAUGAAUUGUACUGUGAUCAGUGGCGUAUCGAUAGGUUGGCGUGACGGGCAAUUAGCCGGGGUCCCAUGACAUCCAGGUACCCGAAAUCAGGGCCAAAGGCAUUAUAGGGGAAUACAAACAAAAAAAUGCGAUGAUCUUUUUUUUGCUAACUAAGUAAUAUCAAUGAACGGAAAGGGGUAUGAAAAUAGGGAAUGAUUUUAUUUUAUUUUGCUCCAAUCAAUGCGAAUUUUCCCCCGAAUCGGAUUAUGCACUUGACCCUUAAUUUAGUUAAUCUAUAGAAUACUUUGCCAUGGAUAUUAGGAAUCAUAGUUACGUCACUGAUUGUAAUUAGAAAUAGUAUGUUAUGAUUUGGAACCGAGCGUAGCGAGUAAACAUUUUCCAGGGGUGAAUACUUCUGUUUAAACUCCAGUUCUGGUCUGUAAUCAGGACUUCAACUCCUCCCCCCUCAAAUCUCAAACGAUAUUUCUACGCUUAGCGAUAUUUUUCAGUAUGUGUUGUCUCUGAAAUAACCGUUGCAACGUUUUAUCGAUUCGAUUUUAGGAUAAUAUAAAUUAUCUCCAAUAUAACAACGAAUAAUCGGGACCCGGUCGAAUGAUAUUGCUCGUGAAAUUCUCGUAUACGAAUCGGUACGUAACAUUAUAAUUCAUUGGAGACGAAAAAAACUCCACUGGUAAUAUAAACAAGAUUUUCUUGUUGGCCGUUAACAAUCUCUGAAUCGGACGGGAACGAUAAAUUCCGUUAAAACCGUUGUGUCCAUAUCGUGCACAUGUUUAUCAACGAAACUCAUGUUUGUUUUUUGUGUGUUUAGGUGGUGUUGUGCAACAUUUGGAGGUGCGGCCCUGGCUAUGGAUUCGGGGUCCGGCUGUACAACGAUUGUAGCAGUCGAAAUGUCAGGGUCGACUACCGAGGACGAGUCCUCGCGGACCAAGAAACAUCGGACGCAUUUCGUAAGUACCGACUUCAUUAUUAUAUUAUUUAAUAUUAGAUACACAUUAUAGUGGAUUUCCGGUACACCAUCUGCCGGAACUGCGAUAUUUAAUGGACCCGAAAUAUUUUUGAAGACAAUUUCGUGGGUCCUGAGUGUUAGCUAACGGCUGCCGGCUGUACCUAAACGGCGUUAGACUACGCUGUAAAGCUUUUAUUAACAGAGCUGACGGGUAUGUCACUCAGUGGCUUAUUUGAGGGGGAGGUGGGCGAUCGCCCACCAUCAAUUAAUUUGUUUAGGUGUUUGCUAUAUAUAUACAACAAUUUACUAUUGCCAGAAAAGUGUCAUCAGACACAAAACUUAAAACACUUCACGGUAAGAUAAAUAGGAUAAAAUUUAAGUUAGUGUAAAUAUCUAGUGUAUGAUAAUUUUAGUGUCGCCCUCCCCCCAUAAAACUAAGCCAAAUGCGCCACAGGUGUUACUGUUGUAUAAAGGAGAAUUCGCGUACAGAAAGUUAUUUGAUUUAUAUCCACGCGCGUGGAUACGACGAAAUGACAAUAGGAGAUAACAACGAAACAUUAUUACCAACGUAAGACCCAUAAGGUGCACUCGAAAAUGCUGCGUGCAAAAAACCUAAUAAUUUUUUCAAUUAUAUUCACUCCUAGAAUUUUCGGACGUUAUCAAAAUGUUAUCACGUUGUAUUACGUAAAAAUCGAUACACUUUGGACUUUGGUAAAAAUAUAUAUAUUUCUAUUUUGUCCGUCAUGGUAAGUACACGCCGAUAUCUUCGGGAAAAUAAAAACUCCGAGUUUCGAGAUAUCGCGGUGACAAAACGAUGAACACUAACCUGUAACCUUUUUGACUCAAAUAAAAAGUAACUCGUUAAAUUGCAAGUUACAAGAAAACCAAAUGCGAGUUAGAUAAAGUUACUGAUUUUCGUAACUUUGUAACUGUACACAGUUACUGCUCAGCUUUGUCGGCAUGGCUAUAUUUUCAGCCGUCACGCGUUUUAAGAUUUAAUAGUGGCGCGCCGCCCGACGACGACCGUGACACAAUAUAGCCGUGAUUCAUUGGACCGGUACGGUCGAAGGCAGUGGCGUGCUGAAUACUAAUUGUCAUAGCCGAGGCGAAACGAAAACAAAAAAACUAGGACCCGUCCAAUCGAAACAUGGGUUUUUAUGGACGCCCUACAAAUAAAUUAUUUGUAAUAAUAAACAACAACAAACACUUUAUUCGACUAUAUUGACUACAUAAUAUAGACUAUAUUAUGUGCCCGAGUAAGUGUAUUAAUUGUGUAACAGUAUACAAAACUAAAGGCGCCUCUGAUCUCUGAAUUUAUUGUCGAUCGGCGUUCAACAUAUUCGAUCGGCCGUCCCGUUUUGGUCGCGAGACCAGCGCCUCGAAAAAAAAAACACAAAAAAAAAACCCGAUUUUCGUUUUUUCCCCUCCCGUAGACGAAGUCGUCAUCCGCGGCGUUCCCGUUGCGACGUUCCAGCGGAGUCUGCGAACGCGCCUGCACGUAGCGCGAUCGUGUGAAUCGCGGCGCCCGGCUCACCCGGACCAAUACCUGCAGCCCGUGCCCGUGCGCCGUACGGAUUCGGCGGAGCGGAGCGGCGGCGAGAGGGGAAAGACAUUUAAACGAAUGACGGCGGCGGCGGCGGCAUCAACAUCGCCGCACCGUGUAUUUUAACCGGCCAAACGGUAAUCGACCGUAUCACACGUUCGCACGAAUAGUAUUAUCAUCAUUAUCGUUAUUAUCGUUAUUAUCACUAUCGUCGUCGUCGCCGCCGCGCAGUUUAUAAUAUCAUUGCGCGUCCGUUGAAUAUCAAUGGAUUCCGCCACCAAACACAAACGACGCACACGAACAAUACGCGUCGCCGUGUAACGUUAUUUGGUUUCGUGUUUUCCAAUCGACACGCGCGCGCGCCGUUAUCCCCGUGUUUACACGGUGUUAUUUAUACCGGAGUGCAGUGCGGCCCGUCGGCGAUAAGCGAGCCGACACCACGACGCGCGGCCGCCGCCGCCGCCGCCGCCGCCUCCGUUUCGACAGUACGCAUAAAACAACACAAGCCAUUCGUCGUGGUCGAAGACGCCGUAUACUCCCGUGUACGAACGUAAAUUCGAUCGUUUUAAAAAAAAUCCGAGCCGAGUGCACAGCCGGACUAAUAGUUUUCCAUUUCGUUUCGCGGUAAAGUAACACAAGUGAAUUGUCCACCGUGUGCUGGUAUCGAAUGCCAGAUCGCACUAAAACAGUCUUAAAACGAUAACGCCCAUAAUGGAUUAGAAGGUACGAGCGUUCACAACAGCUGUUAAUACGCUUAUGUCUCUUCACUGCCGACUUUCUAAAAAAAAAAAAAUUUGCAUCAUUCGAAUACAAGAAUUGUGAUAAAACGAUAAUAUACCGUAAUAAUUAUAUUUAAUACAAGUAACUUUAAACUUUAAAUUUUAAUUUAUUUAAACACCCCUUGUGUUCUAAAGACAUCUCGUAUAAUAUACUCGUAUAUAUGUACAUCAGGGCGUUCUGGGUGUUCAAACGCUCUCUCUCGAAAUGUUAGGUUUAACCAAAGCUAACGCAACCUUCCGUACGUUUAAUAGGCAAAAAGUUCUAUGAUUUUCAGUAAUUGAUUUAAAAAAAAAAAAAAAAAAAACACCCUCAAAACCAUCCAGUGCGUACGUCCCUGAUUUAUAAUAUAUAUUCAUUAUUCACGGAUACGCGUAUACAAUAACUAGGCGGCCAACUGCGAUCCUAUCAAUAGUAUAAUGGACGCUCGGUAGCCAUCUACUAUGCUUGAGCAACGUUUACAUAUACGUUGUUAUUAUCAUUUGUUAUUAUACCUACUCUCAUUCAAUUUCGACCGUAUAACGGUGUAUACCUACGCGAGAAAUUAUUUUUAUUAACGUGUUCCAUUAUUAUUCUCAGUUCGUUUGACGACACGGAUUUUUUAAAUUGGUUUUUUUAUAUGUUUGUAUUAUCCCAUAAUAACGUCACUCUCGGUGUAUUACAUAUGUAAAACGGACGUCAUUCCCGAUCUAUUUAUCAUUAUAUACCUAUGUUUAUCGGUGCGUUUAUCGAGAAUGGUCUUUCUAUGUAUAGAGAGUCGCCUAUAUUAUAUAGCCACCUAUAAUAUAGUGGCGAACUCGGUAACACUUUUCUAUUGGUCUGAAACUAAAUCAAAAUUUUUCACACGCGAUAAAUAGGCGAUGUUCGAAUUAUAAAUAUGCGUGUGUUUCAGUAAACACGGGGGCUGUCUCUAAUGAAUGUAAUGCGUGAUCAGCUCUAUUUUAUUUAGCUACAUAGUCUCACUACAGAUACGUCGGUUUUACGGGCGUAUACUUAUUUGGUACAAGGGCCGUUUAACAAGGGUGGUUAUACUUACCACAAAGUAUACGAUAUUAUGUUUUAUCGACGACGACGUUGAGCGACAAACUGCGCGGUGUUUUACGUGUGCCGUUUCAUAACGGUCGUGCAACAGGUAUAGCCUCGGAGGUUAACGGACUAUCGUGUAGCGUAUUGCAGCGUUUAUCGCGUUUUAAACGAUUUAUAAUCAUAACAAUAUUAUCCUCUGUCUACACUAAAUAAUUGACUUUUACAUUAUGAUAUCAAUACUUCGGAGGAAGUGUUGGUCUGCGUGUUAUGCACAGCCGAACCUAUACAGCACGCUGCAGGGGUCUAGAAAUGUGCAUACAGAAGCGGAUGAACGGGUUUGAGUGCACCAGGAUUUCUGAAACUCAACCCCUAAAGAAUAUCUGUCACGGGUUUUUCGGUGUUUUUAAAACGAAAACUGCCGUUUUUUUUUUUUUAUUAUUAUUAUUAUUAUUAUUGAUGCGGGUUAUCUUGGCGACACGGGUAAAAACAGUUAUUAUUAUGGUUGAUUUAAUUGGGCAACGGCGGUUAACUGUGAUAGAGAUGGGGAAGAGGGGUGUAAAUUGUGUGUUCUUUUUUUUUAUAACGGGACUACCUAUACACAGAUAUAUAUUUAUGUAUUAUAGCAAAUUCUAUUUUGUGUGUGUGUGUGUGUGUGUAUAUAUAUAAGAACGUAUACGAUGGUCGAUGACGAAUCGUUAGUGCCAUAGAUCAUGCACAAAAGAUUAUAAUAGGUAUUUCUAUAUACAUAUAUCACUGUAUCAGAUAUCUGUACGGGUGAUUUAUCGCAAUGUCACCUCAUAGACUAAUCUGUAUGUGUCCCGCCCUGAUAAUAUUGCUAGCAAACGUAAACGCGUUCCGAGUCGAAAGUCAUCUUCAGUAGUUCAGUAGUCGCAUUAUGUUAUGUCUGCGUGCGGCUAAACAAUAAUGGUUAUUGCGAAUUAUUCGCGUAUCGACUACAGAUAACGUUCCCUGCAAAGUCUGCGAAUAUUCAGUAGGUCCGCUCGGGAAUUGUUUUUCCGUCAACUGGGACGAUUGUUCCGAUUCCCAUAUCCGAUUCGCUGAAUCCGUGCAAUAUAUAAUAUAAUAAUGCAUUUAAAUAGCACGACGAUUCCAAUCAUAACGGAUGUAAAAUAAUGAUUUGUUAACUUAAUUCAAAUCGCCCCGUAGGGGAUUCUUCGCGUUACGCUUCUACAUAAAUAUAACCGGCUGACGCUGUAGCGUGUCGUAAAGUUUCCGGACCGCCGUCGACGCGACAGGAAAUCCGGAAAAACAAUUUAUCACGAAAUAUACAUAACGUCCUCCGCGACGAGAAAAUAUUACGCUUUCUAUACCCGCCGCGUAAACCUUUGAUAAUAUUAUACUUAAGUAUACGGCAUAAAAUAAAAAGCGUAUCUGAUUGUAACCUUAUAUACUCGCAAUAUAUAGUUUUUUUUUUUUUUUUUUUUUAAUCAAACGUAUUAAUAUCGAUUGUCUUUUGGCGCAUCAUGCCGAGUUCUUUCCGCAUGAUAUAUUCUGUAUUUCAAAUGUAUAAAUAAUGGCAAACUAUUAAUUAUUUAUUAAGUAAUCAUUUAUAAUUAAAAUUCUUGGAUUUCACGUUUGUAAUAGUAAACCGUUAUUUUUUUAAACCUAUGUUUUUCCUAAAGUGAAGAACACUUUUGCGUAUUCUCAUCUCAGUCACUAGUUCGUGAUAUUAUGUGAGCACCUAUUAAUCUUAACGGAUAUCGAGAUAUUGCUAGUUGUCAGAAAAUCGAUAAGGGGCUUGAUAGGAUACUUUUCUGUUGCCAACCGUUUUUUUUCGAAAAAUCACUAUACCAUAAUUUUGGAUUUCCGGUAAAAAAACAAAAAAAGGUCGUUUACAUACAAGCAGAAAUGAAAUGAAAAAAUUGCACACAUCACACGCUAAAACCAAUACGUUCGUCGCAAAGUUCAAAAUCGAAAAUUCCGAAAAUUCGCCAAGCCCUUUUUUUCUGGGACCAAAUAUUAUAUAUGUAUAUAUAUAUAUAUAUACCAUACAUACACACGAAUUUUAUUCUUGGACGGAUUUCACUUAGUCGCCCUCGACCGCUAUGCGGUGCAGCCCGAAAGUGUGGGAAAUUAAUAUUAUUACGUUUAAUAUAUUAUUAUCAACGACGUCGACGACAACUUGUGUACGCGGCCUACAACAGUAAUAAUAUACUAAGAGGUCGGCGGUAUAUAUUAGUAAAUUCAUCACGGGUGAAUUUUUCGUUAUUAUUAUUUUCUAUUUUUUUUUUUUUUUUUUUUUUUUUUUAAUGGAAAACCGUUGUUAACGUUGCGUGUCGUCGUCGGUCUCUGCAACGCGCGGGAUAAACAAACGGACGUUCGCAGCAGCAGCGGCAGUACGUAAUAAUAUAAUUUACGUGCGCGCGUGUUUGUUUUUUGUAUUUAUUAUUAUUUAAAAAUCGGUUAAUAAUAUUACACGAAACGCCCGUGCAUUCCAUUCCACGGUCGUGACUGGAAAUCCGAAGUACUGGUUCCUAUUAUAUUUGACAAUAAUAAUAAUAAUAAUAAUUGUUAUUUGUAUUAUACCUGUAUUACAAUACGAGAAGAACGUUUACACGGGCCGCUAUCGUGUGAUACCGAAACGCGUCUAGUCGGAUCCACCGAAUCGGUAUUAUAAUAUGCGUACAGAGUGAUUCGUCGUAAGCGCGCUCGUCGUCCCGGCGGUUAAAUUUCGCGUACGUUGAGUUAAUCGUGAUUUUCGGAAUUUUCAAGCGCCUAUAGAGUCAAAGCUGACAAUAUUUUCGAGUGUUUAGAUUUUUCGCAACGUUUGACGGAUAAUCGUGUCCCGUGGCGAUACCGACUUUGGUUUCGCAAACGAGAACCUAUAUUGAAAAUUAUUGGUUUAAAUACACGAUAACGGUGUUGACAUGUUCGAAUUCCGUAUAUGUAUACAUUUUCAGACGUAUAUGCGUGUAAUAGAGUCAGCUGUACGUCACUCACAAAGAAUAAAAGAUGAGUAUCGUAAAAAACCAAAGUUAUAGAACUAUUGGGGAGUUACAGGGAAUUACUAAUUGUAGGCGGACGGGGAAUUAUAAACAGUUACGAAGUAUAUACACAUGUAUAUGAAUAGUUAAUAAUUAUUGUACACUGUUAUUGCGAGCUGUGCAGAAAUCACUGUCCCUUUAAAAGACAAUAUUCAAAAAAAAAAAGUCGUAGGAUAAUGAAGCGCUACCUGCAGUGGCGUAGAAGAACAAAAGUUCCGUACGGACGGUAGUUCGCGUUUCGGGCACACACGUACGAUCAUUUUGUCAUUUUAACGUUUCGACGCGUUUUGGAAACCUUUUUGUGUCUCGUAAAAUAUCCGCACGCCGCAUUGUUACGUAUAAAGAGAACGUAUAACGCGAUUGUCUUUUUUUUUUUUUUCUUUUUUUUUUUUUUUAAUUCACACGUUUGUUUUUAUUUUGUUUACAGAAAAUCUGACGGUCAGACCCUUGGACUUUAGUAUUCGACUGUCGAUUUACGCCGAGGAGUCGCAUCGGUAUAUAUGUUUCAACAACAAAUGGUCCCUCGUCGGUUCGGUAAGUGUCUAUAUGUUAUGCGUUCGGUAUUUUCGUGUACCUCUGUACGUAUUUUGUGUACACGAAAAAAUAAACAAUAUACCUAGCUACAUACUGUUAUAAUAUUAUACUGCUACGCGAGCCGAAUAUAACGAGGUCCUCCUCGGUGGCUUCACCCGGUCGCGCGAGCGUUUCACCCUCCGUGUGCGCUAUACACGCACACGCAUAGGCAAUACGGAUUCUUUCUUUUUUUUUCUUCGUGUUUUCUCACUUUCUCAUAUAUUAUUCUUUUUUUUUUUCUUUUUUUACGAUGCACAAUAAACCGAUAGCGGCCUCGUAUCACAUUGUUUCAGCGCGCGUUGUCUCACUGGCGGCAGUAUUAGACACGCCAGUGGGUGUAUAAUAUAACGUACGAGAUGAAUUUCACAAUCGAGCGCGGUGCACACUCGAAUGGUAUUUAUGUUUUUUUCUCUCCUUCUUUAUCUCGUAUACGUGUGUGCUGAGCAAAUAGACCAAAAAGAAUGUGUUCGAGAAUAUUAUAAGGAACACGGUGCAUUUUACACUCGAACGUCUUAUUAUUAAAUGUCAACACUCGCUUUUAUAAUAUGCGCGCGUACACCUAUAUAUGCUUACGGCACAACUGCAUUUAAAAUAUUAUUAUUAUUAUUAUUGUUGUUGUGUUUCGUAAUAUAAUCUUUUCACGGCCUAUUCGGUUGGUAAACAAAUUAAAAACAAUACAAAAAAAAAAAAAAUAGAAAAAAAUGUAUAUAAAUUCGUAUUGUGUAAUGUUACGAGUACACGACGACGACGUUAUUUCUUUAAUUACCUCAUUAUUAUUUCAUUGUAGAUAAAUGCACGUUUGACACCUGCUGCACGCGCGUAAACGGGUACUUUGUUUUCAACACGUCUUAUAACAAUAAUAAAAUGCGGUUUUUAUAAUCCGAUAUUUAAAUAUUUAAUACAAUUCGGUCGUGUACAACAGUCAAGGCGGAACAUUUCAACAGUCAGUCAUCGACUUAUCGUUGUUAAGGCGGCGAAUUAUAUACGCUUCUGAUGUACCCUAAAACCCGUGAAUUACGCGUGAGUCCAUGCCUUCUUAAAAACGAUCAAAAUGUGCCCACGAGGGGAUUCGAAACGGAACGGGUAUUUCGUCAUCUAUCUUUGUCUAACACGUAAUAUCCUAUACAAUGGGCCAAUCGAUAUAAUAUUAAGCGACGAGAGGUAAAUUCAACGUUAAGUAUAAUGCCAUACAAUUUUUUUUGAAAUCACAAUCUUUAAUAUCCAAACGCAAAAUAUAAAAAAUAAUUAAAUUAAAUCGAAACAACGAGUAGUCGUGAACGCUUCACACUGAAUUCAAAUUUGUUUUCAGAACUCUUAUCGAUUCACUACAUCUAUCAGGGGCACAAACUGUUCCGUUUCGAAUGACCUUAAAAUAUUAAAUAUAUUAGCAUAAAAACAAAAAUGUUUUUCCGUAUUUUUUUUUUUUUUUUUAUAACGGAUGAAAUCUACGCGUAAUUUAUUGAAACUAAAAGAAUAACGGUUCAUUAUUGUAUUGGAACAAGAAUAAAUAAUAAUUGUCUUUAGAUGACGGUGUCAGAAUCAUCCGAUGAUUAUUUGGAUACAUGAGAGAAAUGUCGGUUAUUUUCGAUUUAUACAACAAUUUAUCUUCUGUGUGUAUAAUCUCUCUGUUGCAACUACUGUCUUUGAGUCUUUUAUCUCAAAAACCGUCCAUUGACACCCGGCCGAUUUUUAUAUAUUUUCGUACUCGUGCACAGUAUUAUACGUACUGAAAAUAUAAAAUAUACAAAUAAAAUUACCUAAAAUGAUAGAAAUCAAAAACAUUUUAAUCACCUGUACUGUGUUUUUUUUUUUUUUUUUUUUUUUUUUUUAUUCUUUCAGAAACACUUCCGGGGCCCGAAGUGUCUGUUCUACGAGGAAAUGUUGUCCACCGGUUACACACGGUACAAGUCGGUGGUCGAUCAGUCGCGGUACAUUGGUUUCAACCGGAGGGGACGCCCGAUGCGGCGGCACGUGUUCCACACGGAGCCGCUGAACCGGUGCCUCAACUUUCUCAAGUUGGACACCAAGUUUGACAUCGGCGACCACAACCGCAAGGUGGCGGCUUCGUCCGGCAAGAGCAUUGUCGUCGUCGGCAGCGGCGGAAAACGUAACGGCACAGCUAAGAGACCGGGCGGCGGUAACAGAAAAUCGUUUACCGCCGCGGCCUCGACGGCCACGACAACGACCACCACCACCACCACCACGACGACCACCACCACCACAACCACCACCACCACCACCACCACGACCACACCACCACCACCACCACCACCACCAUCAUCGUCGCCUCCUACGCCACUGCCAGCCAGGCACAACCGAAUUCGGUUCAGACACAAACGGCGUAACAGGCACCGUCUCGAAGCCCUCCAAUCGCCGGUUCAAGACUAA